UACAGUUCCCGAAGCUCUCUGCGGCAGGCGGAUGUGUCAGUGUGGACAUGGCUGCCCGUAUAGCAUGGCUUGUGCGGAGGAUUCGCCCGCAGAGGGUCAGCGGUCACCGCAGCUUGUGUGCCGGAGCUCCCAGCUCUUCCGCCAGGCCUGCCAGCUUCACAGACCCCGAUGUGCAGAGCAUCCUGAAGAAGAUGACCGGCCUUAACCUGGAGAAAGUAUUCCAGCCCAUCAAACAGGAAUCCAAGCCCCCCACAUACAAGCUAAUGACGCAGCAGCAGUAUGAAGAGGCCCUCCAGAAAGCAGUCAUUGCUGCUCAGCAGUACCUGGAGAUGCCGCCUAUGCCUGACGAGCGGGAGCCAAUAGAUGAAACCCUGGCUGUGGACGAGAUCCUUGAUGGCACAGAUACCGCUAAAAUGGUGUUCACAGACAUCACCUAUAGCACCCCACACCGGGAAAGGUUUAUUGUUGUAAGAGAGCCAAAUGGUGUCCUGAGGAAAGCCACAUGGGAGGAGAGAGACCGAAUGAUCCAGGUAUAUUUUCCUCGUCAAGGUCGCAAAAUGGUUCCACCACCAGUCUUUAGAGAGGAGAACAUGAAGCUUUUGUUUCAGCAAGACCGACACGAGGAGCUUCUAAACCGCUGCCUUGUCCAGUUUGAACCUGAUGGCGCGGACUACAUCAGGGUCAGAAACCAAACUUUUGAGGACAUUGACAGACAGGAAAAGUAUGACUUAUUGCGAUCUACGCGACACUUCGGUGGUAUGGUGUGGCACCUGUGUUCUCAGAAGAAGAUUGAUGGGCUGCUUGUAGAUAUGCUUCAGAGAGACUUAUUACAUGAUGCAGUUAGUUUGGUGCGACUAUAUCACGUGGUACAUCCAGACACGGCGUGUGCCAAGGAGUCCCAGGGAGCUGACGGCAGAGAACUUAUCAAGCUGUAUGUAAAAAUGGAGUCUCAGAAACCAGGAUAUCUAGAACUAGCUCUCCAAGUCUACCCAGAGUCCGCGGCUGCAUCUUCCUGAGGACACCAGACAGUGGGGGUGCUUCUGAGCACCCCGGACCCUAGAAGUGUAUAUUAUAUUACUUGUGUCGUUCUUUUCUACAUAAAUAGUCAUUCAAUCACAAUGAUGAAAA